GGAAAAUCUGAAAAAUCAAAACCACACGUUUUCUUGGCGUUGUUUGUUAUCCGGCGUUGCAGUUUUAUUGAAAUUCAUCUUUUGUUUCAGCUGCUGUAAUGUAAAAUGUAGUGCAAGACCGCUGUCCGAUGUGUGGCUAUAUGUUUUCAAUCAAAAUUAUAAAUAUGUAGCCGCGAGUCAAAUAACAAUAUCAUGUUUGCAAUAGCAGAUUUCACUCCCAUAUGACAUAGAUUAUAAUAGUAUACAUGGAUCACACAUAGCACCAGACAUCGGCAGCGGCGGAAUAAAAAUGGCUUCCACACAUAAAAUGGCAACAAAGGAGUUGGUCGACCUGAAUCAGUUGUACACGCUCCCGAAGCCGACCACGAUAGACUUGAUCGGCGGCAUCUACUGCCACAUCUGCGAGACGACGUUCAACACCAAGAAGGAGUACGACAGCCACUACUCCCAGCACGAGACGGGCACGCAGGACAUCGUGUAUACAUGCGUGGUGUGCCGCAAGCAGUUUGCCGGCUACCCCAGUUUCCGUGGACACUGCUACAUCAAGCAUGUCAACAGGGAUCGAUUCAAAUGUGAAUAUUGUUUCAAAUUAUGUUCUAAAUUGUCAGCGCUGAAACAACACGUGGCGGCCAUGCACACAUUUAUAUGCUCAUCAUGCAACCAAAAAUUCUCAACAAAAAAUGAUUUAGCGAUGCAUCAAAUUGUCCACAAAAUGGAGAAAUCGAAGCCCCCGCAUCAAUGCAACAGCUGCGGCGAUAGUAUAGAGAACCUGGACAUGUGCGAGCUGCACAUCGAGGAGAACACAAGCACCGAGUACCCAUGCCUCAUCUGCGAAGACACUCUGCCGAGCAAGCCUGACGCCACCCAGCACCUGACCAAACACUUCGGCGACGUACUUAUCGACGAGCCAGAGAUGGACGAGGAAGAAUCAAGGCCCCUGACCGAGGACUCAUCUAUAGACGUGAUCGGCGGCAUACUCUGCUGCUUCUGCGACGAACUGUACAAGACCAGGAUAGACUUCGACCUGCACUUUGUGACCGAGCACGGAGACAAGGAGCUCGUCUAUACAUGCAUCGUGUGCAACAAGAAAUACGACAAGUACAGCCCGUUCGCGAACCAUUACUAUUUUCAUCUAUCCAAAGACAAAUUUGAAUGCGACGAGUGCGGUAAGACAUUCCCGCGUCUGUCGCUGCUGGUGGUGCACACGGAGGCGUUCCACCCGGCCGGCGACCGCGGCGCGGGCGGCAAGCCCUUCUCCUGCAACGAUUGCGGGCACGGGUUCGGCACCGCGCCGCGCCUGCGCCUGCACUGGCGCGAGGCACACGCUCGCGAGCAGGUGGCGUGUCCGCAGCGCGGCUGCGGGCGCUCCUUCUCGUCGCCGCACGCGCUGCUGCUGCACGCGCGCGAGCACGGGCCGAAGCACGCGGCGCUGUGUCGCCACUGCGGCCUGCGCCUGCGCACGCGCGCCGCCGCCGAGCGACAUCUCGACCUGCACCGCGUCAAGCACUACGCGUGUCCGGUGUGCGCGCGCGUGUACCGCGAGAAGUACGUGCUGGUGAAGCACCUGCCGCAGCACUUCGAGACGGUGCUGCACGUGUGCAAGGUGUGCGGCAAGUCGUACGACGCGCGCUCGCGCCUCAUCGAGCACGCCAAGUCGCACACGGCGCAGCGCGCGCACACCUGCUCCUACUGCGGCAAGGGGUUCGUCAAGCCCUCCCUGCUGGAGCAGCACCUCAACGUGCACACCGGCCGCAAGCCGUACAAGUGUACCAAUUGUCCGAAGGCCUUCGCCAGUUAUCCAAACUGGGCGAAGCAUCUGCUACGCAUGCAUAGGGUCGAUCACAAGUUACUCAAGAAACAGUUGCCUAUUGAAGCUGAAACGAAAACGAAGCAUGAAACAGUAUCGCAACAAAUGGUUGUGAAACAACCGAUGCCCAAUGUGGCCUGGGUGACAGAGGCGAGGGAGACCAUGGAGAUGGUGAAUACAGUGGAGCCUGUGGAAAUGAUUGAGGCACUAGAGCCGACAGAGUUUCCAGAAGUGCAGGAGCAGACGGCGUUCCCAGAGGUGCAGGAGCCGACGGAGUUUCCGGAGGUUCAGCUGGCGGUGGCGACUGAGUCGACGCUGCAAGUGACUGCGCAGGCGAUGACGUUGCCUGGCGACUCGGACGACAGCACGCUCGACGGCAUCGACACGCAACUCAUCGAGCGCGAGCUGCAGAUGUUCUGCGACAGCAACAACACCGCGCAACAUGCCAUCCAAGACUUCGAAUUCGAGGACAUGCUGCCUGAUGAAGCCGCUUUGCUUAUUCCCGAACCUCCAGUUUGUCCCCCGGCGGUAGUUCCGCGCGAGUACGGUCCGGAGUUUGUGAACCAGGGAGCGACAGCGGCCGGCGCAGUCAUCGACCUGGACGACCACAUCAUGCCGCAUAUCGACCCGCUGCUCACCAUCAAGCAGGACGCGUGGCAGCCCGCCUACCAGCCGCUCUAUCAGCCGCUCUACCAGCCACUUUACCCGCCGCUCUACCAGCAGCAGUGUCCCACGUACGACGAACUCGCCGACGCCUCGCGAGCCCUCCUCACCGACAUAUUCUAAACGUUCACGCGGCAGCAAGUCCGCUACGAUUGCAUUUUGCUUUGUUGGCAGUCCCACGGCACCGAUGAACUUACCGGCUCUCCUGCGACCUUAUUGUUGUUAGAAUUAAACACUGGUUUUGCUAACAACUGGGGCGUGGCCUAAUUGUUUAGCCGCUGCGAUUGGCCGGUUUACUAUCGCAACUGGCUAUUUUUUAUUGAACAUUUUUGUGUUGUUAAAUUUUUGUCGCAGGAGACUCGGCUUAAAACUACUCCAAAUAGCGCGUGAGGGAUGAGUUAGCUUCGAGCGUUGAAUUAUAGUAUACGCGAUAUAUCGAUAUUUACAUACAUGUUUACCUGUCAAGUUAUUUCAAUAGCAUUUACACUGGAGUACAUUAUAUUUACUGUUAGUUGUUCUACGUAACUCUCGGGGUUGCAUCCCUCACGUCCGGUCGGUGUCGGUGUGUGCUCCGCUAACCACUAAUGUAGAAGUAAAUAGUUAUAAUAGUAUUUUAUCUGGGACGGACGGUGUAUACAGGGUGUUUGUUCCAAAAAUCGGAUGUUAACGAACGAAAUAGAACCAAAUAGACAACUUCGAAUUUAAAGUCAAUAGACCUCUAUACAUCCACACGGAUGCUCAAACGGAACGAACGCAAGUUUUUGUUACUAGAAUUUAAAGAAAGUACGACCGAUUUCGAUUUUGGAUCAGCCACCCCCGCGUAGUGUUUGCGAGUUAUUGUUGUUUGACGCGGGCCGCGCCGUCCGUCCGUCCACACAGCUACCUCAGGCGAGAACGAGUAUAUACCUCACUAAUAGGAAAUAUUUUAAUGUUGAUGAUAUACAUGUAUAACGUAAAUCCCACCAAACAUUAGUUGGUUAAUGUUUAAUCAUAUUCAUAAUUCUACCUCAUUUAGUUUAAGUUUUCGCUUUAGUGCAUCGCUUGUUUGUCGGUUUCGGCCGACGUGUUGCCUUCUCGGCUACACGGUUAUCGACGCAGAACAAUGAACCUACAGACGCCAUAUAUACCGACCCUACUUUAUUGAAUCAUUGAACUGUAUAUCAUUGCUCAUAUAUUUUUAUAUAUUAAGCACAUCAUCAUCACAUCAUUGGGUUCACUUAUGAUGCAGUGACCGGAAUUAAGUGAUAACGACUCUUGCCGGUUGAUACUUCUGUACCGCAAUUUCCAUGUCUUGCUGGAUAGCAAAACGGCCACCGGUAGUAGCCUUAACGAUUAAAAAAAACAAAACAGUUUAUAUUUGAUAAAUCCUGAUUUAUCAGUCUUAUUUUCUCGCUUUUUGUUUCACCUUAAAAUAGACUAUCUGAGUACAGUAUCAAUGCGAGAGUAUGAUCUAUAAUCAGCGGCUAAUCUUGGCCUGUGCAGGUUGUUUGUAAUGUGGCGUCUUGUAGGUUCGUUCGUCUGUGCUUCAACAUGACAAUGCUCUACCAUCCCUUCCCCUUUUCGAAAAUUUUGAUGCGAGUGUUGGACACGUGGUCUGUGUUUUUGAGAAUUUAUCGCUCCUUGUUAGUGAUGUGACUAUCUAGGAUUUGUAAAUUCAAAUAGGUGUUCCGACGAUGGCACAUCACUAGCCCUAAAACAUUGUUGUAGUGCCAUUUCAUUCAUAUGCGUGACAAAUUUAUCGAUAAGUAUUAGACAGGGCACUUAAAUUCACCGAGUGUUUUAAUUUUUCUGAACAAAUAUGUGUAGAGUUAUUCCGUGACGCGUCAAAAGACAUAUCUGGUCGCGGUCAGCACGGGAGUAACUCGAGCGCAUGUCGAUGAUGACACGAGGUUGCGUCGUCAGUUCGAUUGUUUCGAUCCAAAGCUAGGCUAAGAUGUUUUGGUGGUCAAAUUUCGCUUUGUAUAUAUUUCGGUUUGGCGGCACUGUGUUGCUGCACGCGGCGCCGCCCGCGUGCCCACGCUGUUUCUAACCACUGCAUAUCUCGCGGUCACACGGAUUUGAUGAAUUUAGUUUCGCUAAUUUGUGUUUUAUACAAUUUUAUUUAACAUAAAAAUUCUCCCCCAUUGGUCUGAGUCCAGCGAUGGUGUGCUCAUGCAUUUGUAAUUCGAUUCCUUUUUAUUAUUAUUAUUAUUUUUUUAUUAUUGAAAGUCUCGACGCCAAGCGUCGCGGCUUUAGUGUAAGUGAAUCGAUAGUGCUGUGAUAUUUUUAUGUAUAUUAGAGUUAAGGAUAAAGAGCGUAAUGAACGAGUGAGUACAAAACAUAAUGUUAUUUAUCGGCAACUGGAUGUCGGGCGCGUGCCCCUCCCCGCUCCCCGCGGCACACCGCCGCCCCCCAAACGUAACGAACCGCUGUACUUACUGGAGAUGCUAGUCGGGGGUCGGCGUGUCAUGCCAAAUAUACAACGUACAGACAUUCCGUUGCGGUUUUGUUAUAAUAAAUAUGUUUGGAGACAUUUGGCUCAGAUGGUCGCCCCGGGUCGCGAUCACUUUGCAGGCUUGCUCGAGUCUUGCAUUGUUCAUAGAUCGGCGCCCGGGGUCCAACGUAUACCCAAGACACGUGAAAAUAGGAGAAUUUAAUAUCGAUACAAAAUUGUGCAUAAUUUAAUAAAACAUACAACUGGCACGUUCGCCAGACAAAACGACUACGUAUUCUUAAAAAAGAAACGAGCUGCGAAAAAUAUAUAAAAAAAUGUUGAAAAUGAGAGAAAGAUUAUAUUUAACUCCGAAAUAUAUUUUGGAGAGAAAUAUUUACAAGUUUGAAGAGAGGGGUCUUAGUGAUAGAUCUAUCCAAAGACUGUUAGGUAUUAUAACUUCGAUUUGAACUUGAAUUUGACUUAAUAAGUCAGGGAUUUUUAAAAAUGUGGAAAAAGUCAGAUGUUAUGAGAUCAAAACAGUAAUAGAACAUGGUGUAGCAUCGAAAAUCACAGGCUUUUGACAAGAAUUCGACAAAAAUAUAAAUUAUGUAUGUAUACGCUAGAUUUGGCGCCUCAUACGCCUCGACAAGGUAGCAGGCUGUUGUGCAAAAUUGAUAACAAAAGAACUGUUAACAACCGGCUAGUUGGACACGGCAUGAGCGAUUCACAUCGGCUCGAUGCUUCUAAAUUACAUUUUAAAUUAUACCGCGUCCCCGCGGCCCGGACGGACAGGAUGUGGGAUAUAUGUGCUCGUUACCGAGCACCGGUUACGCGAAAAUAGACUGUCCGUAGAUCGGUCGAUAAUUUAAUUGAUUAUCGAUACAUGAGAAAAUCGAUGUUGCAACAUUCCUUGUCGGUUCGGGUGGCGGGGACGAAAACCAUCACGCUAGAUUGGUACCUCCGUUUUGGUAACUGUGCGGUAGCUGGUAUUUAAAAAGUAAAAUGAUAAUCGAUUCAAAAAAAAUUGUAAUUCGAUUUCCAAUCGAAUAAUAUUUCGAUGUUUUAAAGUGAAUGUAGUUUUCGUCUACAAUAAUUGGUGUUGUGCGACAUGAUGUCGUUGCGCGCAGUGUAGCGCUGCGUGCAUUUCGUUGCUUCCUCUCACACGGGCCGGCGCCGGAGCCCGAGCCCCGCGCGUGUGAGAGGGGCUCACACGCCACUACCGCCCAGUGCGCGACGCUGUCCGUUCCGCGCGAGCUUGCGACAGCGUACAAACAUAGCAUUAGCUACAAUAUAAGUGUGUCGUGAACCUCUGCAGAGGCUUUCAUUAUUCAAUAUAAAUAGUACUUAUGCAAAACUUCUGUAAUCAUCAAAUUAAAUACCAUUUCGAUGUUUCGUUGCAAAGGGAGCAAUCGCGUGUUUUCCACACAUAAUAAGGCAUAAAUAAUACACUGCAAUGUUGGUUUUUCAAUGCAGACAAAAGACAGCUUCUGAUUAAACUAGGUUAAGAACGCCAAAUUUGAAGUAGUCAUUUUUAUAUAUUUUUUUUAUUACACUGAUCGAAAAUUAGCUCAGUUGUACCCUUUGCGACCGUAUUUGUCCCUAGCUUUUAGGUGUUAGGUUAGAGUCGAGCACAGGGUAUUGUGGUUCUAUUUUAAUGGAAGUGUUAUAUGAUAACUCGAUUAGUAGGCGUUUAACAGCAUCAGACAACAGUUGGCUGCAUAAUACUACCCCAAUACCCGACACGUGUACAAAAUAGUUCCAUAAAAAUCUGUCUCUUUAAUGUUAAGAUUCUGACCGGGUUCUACAACUUUGGUUUUUCAAAUUUAUCGAUAAAAAAAUACAAAAAAAAAUAUGUAUGUGUAAAAUGACUCGUAAACCCGGUCGAUGUUACGUGUAGCAAACUAAAUUUCAUUUUCUAAAAUGCGUAAUUCAUUUAGAUACAGUAUUGUGCAUAAUAAUAGUGUUUACUUUUCAGUUAUUUUGGGCGUCAUUCUAUAUAGUCGUAUGUGAAAACGUCUCUUGUACAUAUUCUUUUGUGAAGUUAUCCUUAGAUCUUGUACAGGAUCGUCUAAUAAUCAUGUUGUAUUGAGAUUAUAUUAAUGGUGAACGGUUGUCGAUGAGAUUUCAAAUGUCGAUAAGAAUAGUGAAGCAGCGCGACAGUCUACUAGGGAUACCGCUAUUUAUUCGAAUGCAUCGAUUGCAAAUAUUAUUACAUAGCUUGUAUGUUGUUAAGUAUUUCGUUUGGAUUUAUACCUUUAUACCAUAGAUAAUAAUUAUACACGUUUAAUUUUUUUGAGGUGCUAUUAUUGUGGACCUCUGGAAACUAGGAUAACUCGUUUUAUAAUAUUUGCGUGGUUCAUUUUACGCGGAAAUCUUGUCGAUAAGCAAGUAGCUCGCGUUGGUAAGUCAUCCGUGAUUUUUCUACGUUUUGUUGUUUGUGACGCCGGCUCGGCACUUCUUCGGAAGUCGUAUUUCUAAGAACAAUCGCGGUCGACUAAUAACACACCAACGCUUUUCCUGUUGGAGAAAAGGAUAAUAUUUAAAACUGCUUUUUCGCUUUGAUGUUUUUAUAAAGAAAUUGUCAUGAAACGCAUACUAUUUAAGGAAAUUAUUGUAUUUUUGUGCGUCAAGCUUGUAAUUGUAAAUAGGUAAAGCUGUUCAUUUCUUUUCUGUACGAUUACUGGAUUUACUUUUUGUAAGAUAAGCAUCGUGUUAAGGUUGACCAACGCUUGCUGCGCGAGAGGCACUGCCCCUGACAAAAUUGUAGCAAUUAACAAUCAGAACAUCUAGCGACGCGUACGCGGUUGCGCCUGGCAACAGUCUCUCUCGCACGGCCGAGCGACUAAGUACCGAACUACCUCUGCAUGCCUCCAUGUAUAACAGUAAUUAUAUUUGUUACUAUGCUGUGUAAGUUUUACACGUUGAUAUAACUAUUCUAUUUUGUACUUUAUUAUAUUUAAAACAGUUGUAAUUGUAAGGGACAUAGGUUUUACAUUUACCUUAGCGCUGGUCGCGCGUGGUAAGGCGCCGACGUUGUAUGCAUGUUAUUUUCCUUAUUAAUUAGGACGCUACUCGAAAAUCUGAUUGGAAUUUUAUUGAUCCUUUAAACAUAAUAAACAAUCUGACUAGUUCA